GCGGCGAAGGAACCAUCCAAGCCACUUCCCUCCCUCCAGCUACUGCCAAGCCAACCAAGGUUGCCCUUCCCGCCCUCCUCGCAGCGCCCCGGCCGCCAGGAUGUGGCCGUCGGCUUGGGAGGCGCUGGUGGCGCUGGCGGCGGUGGCGUGCCUGGCGGAGGGCGUGCGCGGCGGCUACGGCCUGAGCAUGUUCGCCGUGCAGACGGCGCCGCAGCCGGACCCCUGCUACGACGAGAACGGGCAGCCGCGCCGCUGCAUCCCGGACUUCGUCAACGCCGCCUUCGGCAAGGAGGUGAAGGUGUCGAGCACGUGCGGGCGGCCGCAGUCGCGCUACUGCGUGCUGGCCGAGAAGGGCGAGGAGCGCAGCCGCACCUGCCACCUGUGCGACGCCGCCGACCCCAAGCGGGCGCGCCCGGCCGCCUACCUGACCGACCUCAACAACCCGCACAACCUGACGUGCUGGCAGUCGGAGAGCUUCGUGCAGCACCCGCAGAACGUGACGCUGGCGCUGGCGCUGGGCAAGAAGUUCGAGGUGACCUACGUCAGCCUGCAGUUCUGCUCGCCGCGCCCGGAGUCCAUGGCCAUCUACAAGUCCAUGGACGGCGGCAAGGCCUGGGUGCCCUUCCAGUUCUACUCCACGCAGUGCCGCAAGAUGUACAACAAGCCCAGCCGCGCCGCCAUCACCAAGCAGAACGAGCAGGAGGCCAUCUGCACCGACUCGCACACCGACAUGCGGCCCCUGGCCGGCGGCCUCAUCGCCUUCAGCACCCUCGACGGCCGGCCCUCGGCCCACGACUUCGACAACUCGCCCGUGCUGCAGGACUGGGUCACGGCCACCGACAUCAAGGUGGUCUUCAGCCGCCUCCACACCUUCGGCGACGAGAACGAGGACGACUCCGAGCUGGCCCGCGACUCCUACUACUACGCCGUCUCCGACCUGCAGGUGGGCGGCCGCUGCAAGUGCAACGGGCACGCCUCCCGCUGCGUCCGCGACCGCGACGACAACCUGGUCUGCGACUGCAAGCACAACACGGCCGGCCCCGAGUGCGACCGCUGCAAGCCCUUCCACUACGACCGGCCCUGGCAGAGGGCCACCGCUCGCGAGGCCAACGAGUGCGUCGCUUGCAACUGCAACCUGCAUGCCAGAAGGUGCCGUUUUAACAUGGAGCUCUACAAAUUAUCUGGCCGCAAGAGUGGAGGUGUUUGUCUUAAUUGCCGGCACAACACAGCAGGGCGUCACUGCCAUUACUGCAAGGAAGGCUACUAUCGGGACAUGACCAAACCAAUCACUCACAGAAAAGCAUGCAAAGCAUGUGAUUGCCAUCCCGUGGGUGCAGCUGGGAAAACCUGUAAUCAAACCACAGGGCAAUGUCCCUGCAAAGAUGGCGUGACGGGCAUCACUUGCAAUCGAUGUGCCAAAGGUUACCAGCAAAGCAGAUCUCCUAUUGCCCCCUGCAUAAAAAUUCCUAUUGCACCUCCCACUACUGUGGCCAGCAGCACAGAAGAACCUGCAGACUGUGAUUCGUAUUGCAAGGCAUCCAAAGGGAAGCUGAAGAUCAACAUGAAGAAGUAUUGCAAGAAAGACUACGCUGUCCAGAUCCACAUCCUGAAGGCAGACAAGGCAGGAGAAUGGUGGAAGUUCACAGUAAAUAUCAUCUCUGUGUACAAGCAAGGGACAAACCGCAUCCGGCGUGGUGACCAGAUCCUCUGGAUACGCUCCAAGGACAUUGCCUGCAAGUGCCCCAAAAUCAAACCCAUGAAGAAAUAUUUGCUGCUGGGCCACGAUGAGGACUCUCCUGACCAGAAUGGCAUCGUAGCAGACAAAAGCAGCCUUGUGAUACAGUGGAGGGACACAUGGGCCAGGAGGCUGAGGAAAUUCCAGCAACGGGAAAAGAAGGGAAAGUGCAAGAAAGCCUAGAGGGCAAGAUAGAGAUGUGAAAAGGGACUGCACACGCUGCUUGCGUAGAACUCGGAGCAGGUGGGGUGGGGUUAGGAACAUUGGCAAGAAACUCACUUUGCAGUAUGUAAGAGACUGGGGUGGGAGGCUGAAGGAGGGAUUAACAACUUCUGUGAGACGUGCCAGUUUUGGACUUCAUACUCCAGAAUCACACAUACCCUCGCCGCCCCCCAUUAUUGGAGAGAGAAAACAAGUUUAGAGAAGGAGGGCUAUCUGAAACCGUACUCAACACAGUAGCAAAUGUUACGUCAGUUACUAGUUCCCAUCAUUCCCUUUGAUUUUCCUUCUCUCUCCCCCCCUCCCCCUGAUCAGAGGAAUGACCAACUGCCUUAAUUUCGCUAACAUCAACUAGUUCCAAAAGCCAGACACAAGAACAACCCAAACUGUCUAUGAAACACAACUAUAAACAAAAAUUAUGCUGGAAAUACAUUUUUCAAGAUAUUAAAUCUGAUUGUUAUUGCUAGGUAGAAUGGUGGAUAGGAUGGUUGACUUGAAACAGAUUACUGGAGAUCAGCUUUUCAAGGCAGCCUGAGUUGCUCUUCCAUUACCCAUCACAAGUGUCUUACAAGCCAUAAGAAAUGACAUCCCACUCUUAACCUAAAUGUCAGGUGGUCACUGGAAGGCAACUGAGGAAUGCACUUUCCUGGAAAUGAAGCCCUCAGCUAAGGUCUCAUUGCCUGAUUCAAGGAAGGCAAUCUGUUAGGAAAGACAGCUGAGUACAACAGAGAGCUGUGAAAAGGGAGAAGGAUAUGGAGAUUAUAUCUGUGAAGUAUAUUCACUUACUUCCAGUGUCUGGAAACACUACCCAUCUAGUGGGAGACCCACUAGCAGGCCUGCAUUUGUGAAUAUGACCUCUCCUCAAGACCACUGGAUAUUUUUUUAAACGUAUUCACCAAUACAUGAAGUAACUGCAAUGUUAAUAGCUGCUCUUCAAACCCCAACUAGACUGGACCUUUUACAAUAAUCUGCACCUAUAAAAAGCAAAUGUGAUAUUGGCGAGAUCCUAUGGAGACUUUUCACCCAAGACACCAUUCAAGAACUCCAUCAUCCAUACCUCAGAGGAAUACAGUCUAAACACAUCAAGGAAAGAUUAUCAUGGCAGAGAGAUGAUUUGCCAGUCCUGCAUUUUUGUGCAGUGGCUAAUAUUACUUCAACACAAGAACCACACUCAGUGCUUCCUCCUGCACUGGUAAGAUAUCAGGAUGGAGACAUGCUUACAUGCUGGUUCUUUCUGGAGUAAUUGAUGUGUCCAAGAGGUGCAUCUUGGCUGCUGCAAAGGGGAAAAGAAAUUAGAACAAAAAUCUACCAAUUCUUACACAGAACAGAGAUUUACAUCUGCUCAUAUAAACCCUCUGUUUAACAGCCUGCUGUAGCUUUGGGUUUCAUGCUAAUAAAUGUAGGGAUUAAUAGUUUACUUCCAUGAAGAAGUCACCCCUCCCCUGCAGCAGCACUACCCUUCUUGAAGCCAGAUGGUGGGUUCUCAGUUCCAUUUUAGAUUCAUGAGAGGUGAAGGAGAUUUUUGUACCUAUUCAUGCAAAUCCCCAACCGGACCAAUUGUCUACAAACUAGCAAAGCGGGAAGACUGUCUGGGCAGGCAGUUCACACGUGAGCUCAGGGAUGCCUGCCCAUCAAAAUUCAAACUUCCCAGAGAUGUUUCCUGUUAGGAAACUUGGAAACAUCUUUUUAAUGACAUUUUCCAAUGGUUUUGACUUGUUUUAUAGCAAUUGACAAUAUUUAUAUAAUGACAUAAACUAUCAUAAAACAAACUGCAGCACAAAUAGGUGUAAAGUGGCUGAAUGCCAGGGAAGUGGAUUGGGGGGGGGCGGCGGUUUGAGGAGUUGGGAUCCCUGGCUAGGGCCAAGAAGUGCUCUGACUCAACAGCUCUGUGUACUGCAGAGAGUUUCAAGGCUUUCACUUUUUUUUACAUACUUAGUUGCUACUGAAAGAAAAAUUUUCACAGCAUUGCCUAGGCUGAGGAGCAACUAACAACACAGCUGAUUUGAAAUCUCAUAUGAGACCUAGUGGCACAGAAGGACCUAGUUCAAGUAAUGGAAAGGAGCAAAAAGGGUGAAUAUGACCAUUAUUCAGUGCCAAGUAGCAUCACAACCGUUUUAUUUUGGAGGACUCCCGUGUCAGUCACACAACAUGCUGAUCCUCAUGCAGUACAGAAUGAAGUAGAGCAAAAUGCAAAUAUACCCCACUUCAGACUAUAGAUGGGGAUUUCACAUAAUUGAAUAUUUCCCUGCAUAAAAUACUCCCUGUAAUUAGACUAAUACAGCAGGAAGCUGACCAGGCUACCAUCUCUCUCCCCGACAUGCUAGGGAACUUGUACUUUUUGUACUUGUAGGGAACCUUUUCACUUGCAGUCUGAAGUGGAAUAGUCCAUGUACUAAAGAUUUUAACAUCUUCUUCUGCUGCAUGAGUAGUCCAGGCUCUCUUUACUUUGACAGUCUCUCUCCGUGUCAGUGGUUUUCAAGCCUUUUAUGUAUGGGGAAUCAAUUUUAUAAUGAUUUGUCUGUUAAAGAAUCCUAUGAUAAGGCAUUCUGGAGUCCAGCACAGGAUAUAUAAACUUGAUAUGGAAUGUCAGCCAAGAAUGCUGGGUCCACUAGAACAUCAUUGUACUCUAGAGAAAGACUAUCAGUCAUUGCUGGUUUUAUUUUCAAGGAGCCCCAGAAAGAGAAUUACUGUAUGAGAAUGAAAGUACAUUCUUCAAAGUCCUACAACCUUCUUACUACAGCAACACGUGGAGAAAUACUGUACGAAAAAAGCUUCAAUGUCACUACUUUCAAUGUUCACAAAAACAAACCAAAGCUUUAAAAGAACAACUAAAGAUAGGAUCAGUUUCAAUACUGCAAAUACAAACCAGACGAAGGAUGUGACUGUGGCGUUACGGCCACUACAACAGGCAACAAAAUGUCCUAAAUUGCUCACAUCUUCGUAGAAAACUGCAAACUAUGACCAACAACCAAGGGCAUUUGAAGUUAGUCCAUGAGGUUACACAGGUCACCCUGAGACGAAGGAGAAAAAAAGAAGCUAAUAGUUUUACAGAGGCAAUAAUAACUUCAAGAAUCGGUGGUUGUUCUUUGAUGGAAACUUGGGUCCAGUUAAAAGCUGUUCCCCCCCGCCCCCUACAUUUUGUGACACAUCAAGUGUUGUCUGUCGACAGAAUAUUUUUUUUCAUGAUUAGCAUCAGAAAGCACUAUCACCCUUUUCAGAUAGCUAUUGCCCAUGUGAGAAAUUCAGUCUAGUCUCUAGCACCUCCACCUCAGUGGCACUGCCCAGAGAAAAUUAGGCAAGAAAUUAACCUUUUAAUUAAUCUUUAAGCACCUUAAGAGGGGGAAUCUAGCAGAGUUCAUUAGCUUGCUCCUAAGCUGCCCCAUGCAACCAAACCAGUAAGAACCAAUACGGAGGCAGAGGACCUUUGCUCUGUCACAAAGAAUAGACAUCCUGCUGUUCACGUACAGCUCAGCACUGGGCUAUCCAUAGGUUGACCUGUGAGCCAUUCAGCACAACGCUAAUUUCUUCCAUGUUGGUAGGAAAGGAGACAAAUGAGCAGGACUUAAGAACCGGUUCUCUUCAAGAUUUUGCCAAGGGGUAGCUUCAUUACAAUCCUCAUGCUGACCCUGUAUUAAUCAGAGUCAAUGGGACAAUUUUCACAAUGUCCUAGAAAAGGCUCUCAGAAAGCUCUAGGCUUAAAAGUUGUAAAAGCCUUCUGAAGAAAAGGAAAAUUAUUCAGGGUUAAUAUGAAUGUAUAGAAUGUUUCUAAGGAAUCAGAGCAUCCACACUGACUCCACACUAAGACAGAUCAUGGGCAUAAAUGACUUUGGUGAGACAGCUGCUCCCCGAUGGAACAUUGUGGCCAUUGAAGCACCUGGCUGUAAAGUUGAGCCAAAACCAUCAGUUCACAUUCAUUUUCACUACUGACGAACAACUCUUUUUGGGAUGUCUGUUCAAAAUUUCAUCUGUUUUUGUUUUGUUUUGUUUUUAGGGGGGGGGUCCCAAGCCCCCACUAAUGAUGGUACAAAGAGAGCAAAAGCCACUAAAGGCUAAUUUCUAAGGUUUUGCAGCCCUUCAGCAAGGCCACAAGGCUGUUAUCAGUCAAAUGUGCUACAUGAAAGACUUAUAAGUAUAAAAGAGUGUGCUUAACAGAUUGCCGCUAACACAAGCUCAAGGAUUGUACAGCUGGCUUGUCCCUAGGGCUUGGGAGCUCCCUUAAACUUUGGUCUAGGUUCAGAGGCUGCAUCUCUUUCUGAGUCUUGGAAAUAAUUCUUUGGGAGCUUUUCUAAAACUAAUGCAUGAACUGUCACUGGCCUGCAAGCCUUAGAUGUCAAAUAGAAAAACAGUUCAGACUUUUGUGCAAUUUGCUGAACUAAAGGCUUCCCAACCCUUGAGCACUGAAAAUUUAAUCCAAAAAUCAAAAUGCAUGAACUUCAGCCCUAUUUUGUUCUCCUUAACAUAAACCUGCUCAGAUUUCCCAGUAAGUGGGAUGCUUUAGCUACCAAAAGCCUGCUCUGAAUCCAAAUCCUGGUGCAAUAUUGCUUUCCCUUGACAGUGCCUUUGCUCUCAAAUCCAGUAUCCUACCUAUGAGCACCACAAAGAGUUGCAGAUCUGUGUGAAAAUUCAGGAGGCAUUUUCUAUGUUUGGUUUUUGGACUUAGUAUCAAUAACCACUAUCUAACCACUCGAGCAUGUUUACAUAACAGAUAUCCUCAUAGUUCCCAAUUCCCUUUAUGACAGGCAGAAAAUGGCCUGUCCAUCCAUAAUGGACUAAUAUCCUAUAAACAGCUGUGAAGUGGGGCAGGACACCAGGCAAGAAAUGGAAAAUACACUACACAGAAAAAGAAGAACAUUGGAAAGUUAAUACAGAAGGUAAGGUAGGUUAGAGCUCAGAAACUGUAUAUUGACCAGAAACAUAAUAUAGAUUAUUUUAAAACGAUCUUUCUCUCUUAGACUAAUGAAAACAAACAUAACUUUCAUUUGCAAACCAUUCAUCAUGGCAGGCUUAAUGGCUUGUUUUGCACUUUCCACAUCUAACAAAUAUACCUCCCUAGGUACCUUGCAAUGGGUAUAUGUAAACAGACAAUUUCAGCAUCUAUCAAGAAAGCAGAAUGACACAAAAUAAAAUUAUAUCAUUCCAAGGCUGUUUUAUUUCUGACAACGCUUCUCCUUUCUUUCUUAAUAACAGAAAUGUGCCAAGGCACAUUUACCUUACCUACUUCAGGUUGCUUCUUAGAAAAGCUUUGCUAUACUAGGAAGUGUACUUAGGAUAGCGUGAAUGGCCAUGUCAUUUAAGGAUGGGUUUUUAAAUCUGAAGACCUGUAUUAGUAAGUCAAUUGGGAAGGGAAGAAACAUCAAUAUUUUCAUGCCCAAAGUACGGGCCUAGAACUGGGCAAGCAAAGGUGAUAGGUCAGGCAGCAGGAUGGCUGGCUGUUUUUUCUGAGCUUUCCCUAAGAACACCAUACCCUUGGAAUUUAUAGAAAACAUCUAUUUUUCCAGUUAAGUAAAAAAAAAAAAAGGAGACCACAAAUCUGUAUUUAAUGAAUGUCACAUGAAAUCUGUUCCUUGCAACUGUUCUACAAGUGUCACAUAGCGAUGGAUUGUCAAAACCAGAAGUAUAAUGCAAAAAGCCUGAAGUCCUCUUUAAAAAAACCCUAACACAGAACUUGUAACAAGGUAAGAGGGCAAUACAAAAACAAUUACGACUCAAGAGCAGCAUUGAAGAAGAGCUCCCCUACCUUCUGCGUUUGUUUUUGCUGGUUGAUUGUACGUUCAUUCCCCAACCACCUUUGCCUUUUCCUGUUACAUAAACCUGUUGGAGAAACCUGGAUUUUUAUUAUUCCUGUUAAUAUCAUGAAUUGUAAAUGUUGUUUAGUUAUGACUAUAGCAUAUAGUUUUGGGACAAUGUUUCUUUACAAUGCAUACUAAUAUAUUAUGGUUAUUAUAUAUGAAUAUAUUUAAUGACGUGAAAAAAGUUGUGGAUUUUCUUAUUCCCCUUCCCUUCAUUUCCUUCUGUUUGUUAGAUGGGCUGAUAAUUGAACCAGGAGGAAUGUGUAAUUGUGCAGAAUCUGCUUGAUAGGACUAAAUCCAACCGUCUGUUGAAUAAACUCUUAUAAAGUUCUA